GUGGAAAACGCGCGCGAUAAUAGGAGGCCCCACCGUGGGGUUGGCACGUUCUCUCGAUCUCUCCUCGAGACCUUGUUCAGCUCGGUGUCUCUGUUGCGGUUUCCUUCCUCCGCCGCGCCCCCUGGCUCUGAGAGCUCUCCUGUUUGACGGUCUGUCCGAGGUUGGUCUGUGGCCGCCUCGCGCUUUGGUUCUAGUUUCCCGCCUGGCCGCGUUCUAUUCUUCAGUCCACGGCUAACCGCCCUAGUCGGCUCGUAACGCUGUCCUCUCGUUUCCUUCAAGACUUUUCACGACCAGCAGGCCUCUGCAAUACCUUAUGACGCAUGGAGCUAUCUCCAGGAUUCCGCAGAGUGAGAACGGGGGUGUUCGCUUUGACCACGUUUGUCAGCGUGCUAUGGGUCGUGCUCUUGUCUGUGGAGAUAUUCGUGCUCUAUGACCGUUCCGAUGCGGCCCAGAGGAACCUCGUGGCCAUACUCAUAUUCAUAAACGCUAUCACGGCGAUCAUGCUACCAGUCUUGUCUAUCUUCCAGUUCAGAGCGUGGCUGGACGCGGCUAGACUGCUCUUUCUCCUAAUGAUACACAUCGGAACUGCACUGCUGUUCACCAUUUGGAACGCGACUUUUCAAUGCCCCGCAGAUGCAUCACAACGUAGAGAUUGUCGCAGUGUCAAUAUCGCGAUAGUGGCCUGUGCCUGGGUCGUGCCGUUUCUACUGAUAUGGUACGCGGCAUUCCUGGCCGUAACAUAUCGCAUGUGGCAUAACGAUCGAAAGAAACCCGACGAGGAGCUGUCUGAGAAGCGCUUGUCAGAGCUGCCAAUGAUGUUACCUUCCUCUCGACGCCCUUCAUUGGGUCCGGAGAUGCAGCUGUCCUCCAACGCCAGCAACGUGCUGCCGGCGUCGCGCAAGCCGCCUCCUCCGCCACUGCAGCGGCCCCCACAUCCACUUCCGCUCCCGCCUGCGCAUACCUUCCACUCCAACGCCAUCAUAUCUGUCAAAUCCGCGGUCGUCUAA